AUGGCGCGCGCGUGCGCAAUCGUUGCGCUGAUGCUGAUGCCGGCGGAGCCGCUGCAGCUCUCGUACCGCGCGGCGCCGCCGCGGGGCGCCUGCCGGUGGCCCGCCGCCCGCGCCGACGCCCGCGGCGUCGUCGUGUCGAGCAUGGCGACGGACGUCGUCGAGGACGCCGGGUCCGAGCAGGAGACGCAGGGCGACGACCUGCCCAAGGACGCCGCGGAGUGGGACACGCUCCUCUGCGCGCUCGAAGCGCGCGCGGCCGCGUACAAGGCGACGAACGGGGACCUGCGCGUGCCGACGCGGUUCUGCGUGCCCGAGGAGGACGGGACGGGCUUCCCCGAGAAGUGCCGGGGCCUCAAGCUCGGGCAGCGCGUCGCGAGCAUCCGGGCGACGGGCCGCUACGUCGCCGACGAGGGCCGGCGGCAGAAGCUCGACGCGCUGGGCUUCGAGUGGCGCCUCCGGCGGCCGUCGAGCGCGUCGUCGGCCGCGAACGAGCCGCUCGAGCCCUUCGAGGUGCUCAUGGAGGCGCUCGAGAGCUACAAGGAGCUCCACGACGGGAGCGUGUCCAUGAGCGCGAACUUCGUCGUGCCCCGCGUGGACCCCUGGCCGCCGGCCUGCCGGGGUCUGCCGCUGGGGUCGCGGCUCCAGACGAUCAAGGAGUCGGACGUGCCCUACUUCGACGCGGCGACGGUCGGCGAGGAGACGAUCGCGAAGCGCGUCGCGGAGCUCGCGCGCCUCGGCGUCAUGCGGAGGCCCGCGGAGCCCGAGGCGCCGGCGGCGGCGCCCAAGGUCGCGGGCGCGAAGUCGUCGACGACGCGGCGCUUCGAGAUCGUCUACGAGGCGCUGUCGGCCUACAAGGCCGAGAAGGGCCACGUGAACGUGCCCCAGACCUUCGUCGUGCCCAGUGAGGCGCCCUGGCCCGAGGACGCCUGGGAGAUGAAGCUCGGGAGCCGCGUGAACGCCAUCCGGUCCCACGGCACGUUCCUCAAGCGGCACCCGGAGCGGCGCCAGCGGCUGCUGGAUCUGGGCCUCCAGCUCAACGUCGAGGCGGAGCCCGAGCGGUCCGGGUCCAUCCUCGACGCCGUGCUGUUGAGCAACGGCGACGCCUGGGGCGCCGUCGAGGAGGUCGAGGAGGAGGACGUGGGCAAGCGCGUCGUGCCGCUGUCGUGCGACUUCCUCGACGAGACGCUCGUGCCCGCGGCGGACCUGGAGCGGUGCCUGCGCGACGGCUUCGCCUUCGACGAGUUCGACGGCGGCUACGACUUUGCGGACGUCGUCGACGCGCUCCGCGAGUACGCGGCGCGCUACGGCGACUUUUCCGUGCCUUUGGACUUCGUCGUGCCGGACGUCGCCGAGGCCGCGGAGGGCGAGGGCGACGCCGAGUCCGAGGAGGCGGAGAACCUGGACGCGGCCCUCGCGGCGUUCCUGUCGUCGUCGGCGAAGGACGCCAAGGGCGGCGAGGACGCGGCGGACGCGGACCUCGUCGGCGCGCUCGACGCGCCGUCGGCGGAGACGCUCGAGACCGUCGAGGCGCUGCUGCUGGCCGCGGGCGACGAGCCGAGCCUGGCGGACCUGGAGGCGUUGGAGGCCGAGGAGCGCUUCGGCGGCCUCGACGGCGGCGCGCCGUGGCCCGAGCGGUGCCGGGGUUUAGGCCUCGGCGCCGUCGUCGAGGCGCUCCGCGUCGGCGACGUCGCGGCCUGGGACGACCCGGCGCGGCGGGCGGCGCUCGACGGGCUGGGCUUCGACUGGGGCGACCGCGACGUCUACGUCGAGGGGCUCCAGUGGGACGCGUUCCUCGCGUGCCUCUUCAGCCACUCGAAGAUCAAGGGCACGGUGAACGUCGACUGGGACUUCGUCGUGCCCGACGAGGACCCCUGGCCCUUCCCCCUGCGGGCAUCGCCCCUCGGGCGCUGGGUCAACGAGGUCCGGGACCAGCAACGCACCUUCGACGCGCACUUUGGGGAGCGGAAGCGGUUCCUCGACCUCAUGGGCUUCCAGUGGCUGCCGCCCGUCUUCGAGGCGGGCGAGCCCGAGUACGACGACCGCCUGCCGCCGUGCCUCCGCCUGACCCUCGAGGAGCUGAACCCGUCGACGAAGCGGCGGCGGAAGGCCGCCGCGCCCAAGGCGAAGAAGCAGCCCUUGGCGAUGCCCGUCGAGGGCGAGGUCACGGACUACACCAAGUACACGGUCAAGCUCCUCAAGGACUUCCUCCGGGACCGGGGCCUCCCCGUGUCGGGCCGCCGCAAGGCCGACUACGUCGAGCGCCUCGACGCUGACGACGCGCGCAAGGCCGAGCUCAAGGCCGCCGCGCUCGCCGCGGACAAGGCCGCCGGCGGCGCGCCGGACGCGGACGACGACGACGACCUCGACGACGACGACGACGACGACGACGACGACGACGACGACGAUGACGACGACGUCCUCGACGAGGAGGACGAGCUCGACGUCGUCGGCUCCCUCAACGACGCGCUCUCCAGCGAGACCGACGGCAUCGACGUCGAGGCGUCCUAG